GGCCGCGUGUUACGUGGGAUGAAGAUGGCGGCGCCGAUGGCCGCGCCACGGCAGCUGUCGUCGCUGUGAGGCGGGACGGGACAGCGCAGCGAGAGUGUGCGCCCCGGCUGAGGGGAGGAGGCGGGGUGGGCCCCGCCUGCCGUCGCCGGUAACAUUCUGCUCUCCCGCACAGGCGCUAUGGAGGACGAGGAGAGGCUGAAGAAGCUGGAGGCUGGGAAAGCCAAGCUUGCCCAAUUUAGGCAGCGGAAGGCCCAAACUGAUGGUCAGAAUGCAUCAAAGAAGCAGAAAAAGAAGAAGAAAACAGCAAACAUCAAAGAUGAAGAAUCAGUACAAGAUGGGAUUGAUACUGAGCGAUCUCGAGGUGGUGAAGCAUCCACGUGCAGCAGCCGAAGGGGAGCAGGUGCCACUGCUGACUUUGCUAUUAUCAGGACUUUGCAUAGUGGAGAAGUUACCAAACACAGCCAGACUUACACCAUUGAGCCAGAAAGUGAAAUUUCCACCACAGUAGAAGAUUACAGUUCUGAGGUAAACGGUUGCAGUUUUAUGACAAGAACAGCUAUACCUGCAGACUUAAUCAGGGAAGAAGACUUUGGAGUUGGAGAGAUUUGUUCUGAGCAUGGAAUGCAGCACUCUCACACGCAGCUAGAGGUGAUGGAGAAUGAAUUGGCUGGGAAACAACAAGAGGUUGAAGAGCUAAACAAAGAGCUAGAAGAAAUGAGGGCAGCAUAUGGUACAGAAGGAUUGCAACAGCUGCAGGAAUUUGAAGCUGCUAUCAAAAAAAGAGAUGACAUUAUCACUCAGCUCACUACUAACCUACAGCAGGCACGGAAAGAAAAGGAUGAAACUAUGAGGGAAUUCUUGGAGCUUACUGAACAAAGUCAAAAACUGCAAAUUCAGUUUCAGCAUUUGCAGGCAAGUGAAGCCCUAAGGAACACCAGCCAUAGUUGCACAGCUGCUGAUUUAUUGCAAGCCAAGCAACAGAUAAUAUCACAUCAGCAACAGCUAGAAGAACAAGAAUAUCUGCUGAAGAAUUAUCAAAAAAAGAAUGAAGAAUUUGAACUGCAUAUUACGCAUCUUCGAGACAAAAUCACCACAUAUGAAGUGGAGAAACGAAAGAAUGAGGGAGAAGAUUUAAGUAAACUACAAGAAAAAGAAGCAUUAGUUGAAGAGCUGGAAGCAAAACUCGGAGAAGAAGAAAAAAAAUCAUUUCAGCUCAAGGAAAAAUUAUCAGACGUCGGUAAAUUACUCGAAGAAUCAAAAGAACAGAUUUCUCUAAAGAUGCAGGAGAUAAAUAAUAUGAGAGCUGAACUUACUACCUACAAACAGAAAGAAAGACAAUGUUCUGAUGAAAUAAAACAGUUAAUGGGAACUGUGGAAGAAUUGCAGAAACGAUGUUACAAAGAUAGCCAGUCUGAAGCUGACAUUGUGCAAAGAAUGGAAUUAGAAACACAAAGGAAACUGGCACAACUUCAGGCUGAAUUAGAUGAAAUGCAUGGCCAGCAGAUUGUACAAAUGAAGCAAGAAUUAAUUAAGCAACAUGCAAUGGAAAUGGAACAGCGUCUUUCACAACAAAAGGUAGAAUUGGAAAAAACUUCAAGCCUGUGUUUGAAUGAGAAUGUUAAUAAAGAUCAAAUGCAUUUAAUGACUAUUAAAAUUAAUGAAAUGAAUGUAAAAUUGCAAGAUGCUGAUAAUGAAAGGAAAAGAAUAAAGCAAGAAUUGUCGCAACAGAUGGAAGUCAUUUCAGCAGAGAGGUCUCUUCAGCAAACUAAAAUUGAAGAUCUUCUCCAAGAACUGAAUUUUUCAAGAGAGCAGGUUCAAAGAGCCAAACAAAAUAUAGUGGAUAUGGAAUGUAAAUUAAAUGAAGCCGAAAAACACCAGUUUAUGAUUGAAGAUUUGAAAACUCAGCUGGCUUCUGCCUCUGAAUUUAGGAAGGAAUUGGAAUUAAAACAUGAGGCAGAAGUCACAAAUUACAAAAUAAAACUUGAAAUGCUGGAAAGAGAGAAGGAUGCAGUUUUGGACAGGAUGGCAGAAUCUCAAGAAGCAGAAUUGGAGAGACUGAGAACAAAGCUUCUGUUUAGUCAUGAAGAGGAACUUUCCAGACUUAAAGAAGAUUUACAAAAAGACCACAUGAUCAACAUGGAAAGCCUUAAAGAUAACUUGAAUAUGCACCAUAAGGAGCAGUUAGAUGAGAUCCAAAAUGAAAUGAGUCGAAAGAUAAAAGCUGUGCAAUAUGAAAAUGACAACUUGCUCGCCAAGCAAAAUCAGUUGAUACUAGAGAUCUCAAACCUUAAGGAUCUACAGCAGUCUGUUGUAAAUUCUAAAUGUGAAGAAAUGACACUUAAAAUCCAUGAGAUGCAGAAUGAGAUUGAAGUGCUUAGGCAAGAGGAAAAAGAAAAAGGUACCCUUGAACAAGAAAUUCAGGAGUUGCAGCUGAAAACUGAGUUGAUGCAGGAACAAAUGAGGGAGAGAGAAGAUAGCCUUCAAAAAAAAUGUUCUGAACUUGAGACACAAAAUAGCCUUCUUAAGGGGGAAAAUAAAACUCUGGAAGACAAAUUAAAAGGCAUGUUGAUAGGCUCUGAAGAGAAUGUUAUUUUUAACAGUGUUAGCUCUAAUUCAGAAAUUUUGGACUUACAAAAAAGAAUAGAAAAGCUGAUUACUGAAAAUGAGCAACUUAAAAACCAAAACAGUCAACUUCAAGAAGAUAGUGAAAGGCAGAAGAGUGCCUUUGCAUUUACUGAGAAAAAACUUGAAGUUAGUUAUAAAGAGCUGCAGGAAGAAUGUGCUACUCUUCUGAAGGCAAAAACUGAGUUAGAAGAGGAUAAGAAAAAGCAGGAAGCUGAAUAUCAACUCAAACUCAAAGAUUUGAAUGAAAAACUUCACUAUUUAGAAAGCAAUAGAUUAGUUCUAUCUAAAACUAAAACUUCUGGUUUUGAAGGGAGUAAAGAAAUCAAGGCGUCUAGGGUAGACACAUUUGAGGCUGGAGAAUUUGUUGAGAAAGAUGUGACAGAACUGAUGGAAAAGCUUGAGGUUGCCCAGCAUGAGAAACUGGAAUUAUCCCUGAGACUUUCCAGUCUCUCUGAACAGUUGAAGUCAAAACAUAAUGAAAUUUGUCAUUUAAAUGAAAAAGUUAAAUCCUUAAAAGAUGAGAAAGAACAAGUUCUAGCAAAAUGUAAAGAACUAGAAGUCAUAAUUAGCCAUGCUCAGAGAGAAAAUAGUAGUAGUAAUUUUCCUAAGACAAAAUGCUCUCAAGGAAAAUCUCCAAAAACUUCUGCUCCAGCAUCUGGAAGUAGAAGUAAAACUUCUGGUCCAAGGAAUAAAGUUGAUGAAGGAAUAAAAGUAAGAGGAAAUCUAGGUUCAGGUAAAGAUAUCAGUCGUGAAGUGACAAAAAGAAAGGAAGUUCACCAAAUGUUGAAACUGGAACAACAGUCUCUUGUAGAACAUUUGCAUGGGAUGACAGACAGGCUGUCUGAUGAAACAUCGUUAAUAGCUGUUACCCAGAGUGAAAAUAAUCUUCAGCAGCAGGUGGAUGCCUUAAAAUCAGAACAGACUGAUUUACAGCUGCAGAUGGAAGCACAGCGCAUUUGCCUGUCUCUGGUUUAUUCAGCUCAUGUGGACCAGGUUCGUGAGCACUUGAAAGCAGAAAAAGAGACUGCACUUUGCAGUCUUAAAGAGGAGCUUGUACAGAGUCAUCUACAAGAGAUGAAUGAUCUGAAAAAAAUGCAUCAGCUGGAGCUCCAAACCUUGAAAAUUCAACAAGCAGAUGAUGAAGUCAAAUCUACACAAAGACUUAUAGAAAAGCUAAAUGAAGCUGUGACUGAGGAAUGUUCUAGGCUUGCUCAGGUUUUGUGUGACAAUCAGAAUGAACAUUCUUCAGCUGCUAUAGAAGUUGGCAGGAGGGAGCAGGAUAUUUUCCAUAGACCUCCUACUGUGAAAGAACAACCAAGUGUAGAAUUACCAGUACACAGAGGUCAAGCCGAAGUCCCUGGUUAUCUGUGUAAUUUAGUGGUACAAGAACGUAUGGAUGAACUUCUACACAAGAUAACGGAAGAAUACAGUAGGCUGAAAGCACUUCAAACAAAGCUGAUGAAGGGCUGUAAACAGGUCAAAGAACCAUGGCUGUCUCCUCCAGAAAGGAGGAAAGAAGAGAAACCUAGUCAUCGGGAAACAGGAAAGGAAUGUCUGCAGACCACUUGGCAGGAUCUAACGGAUCCUACAAUUCAAGAAUACUGUUUUAGGGAGAUAGGAAACCAUAAAACACAACUUGAAGAACAGCAUACUCAAGAACUGGAACACCUCCAGUCCUAUUUCCAACAGCAGCUGAAAGAAAGUGAAGAGAGAUACACUACAGAGAUUGUCCCUCUGCAAGAUAAGCUUCAUAGUGCUGGGGUAUCCUCUGACCAUACGAGUGUAUUCACAAAUCCAGAAAUAAAACUAAAAGAAGUCUUCAGGAAAGUGAAGUGCACUGAAAAUCUUCAGCAGCAAAGAACAGAUGAAGCACUGGAGAUUCCUAGUGAAAUUGAAAUGCAGAAUGAUCUGGAUGCUGUUCAGUUGCUAGAAAAACAGUACCAAGAAAGAUUAGAAGAGGAAAUAGCAAAGGUAAUUGUGUCAAUGAGUGUAGAACUUGCCAAACAAACUGAAUUGUCAGGAGUUGCUAGGCAGAAGGAAGAAGCAGAAACACAAACUGUAUAUCAACAGGGAAUGCAUUUUGAAAUCAAAAAGCAAUAUAGUGAAGAAGAGGUUGACAGCCCUUUCAGAAAAGCAAUAGGAAAAGAGAAUAAGAAUGAAGAAUUGAAGUCACUUUGCAAGGAACUCAGUGAAGAGUCUGGUGAGAUCAGCUCGCUUGGAGAACAGCUUCAUCCUAAUAGCAAGCCUAGUUGUGUACUAGGACAGACCACACAUGAAUCAGUGAUUUCUGAAGAACUUCUGUCUCAUGUCAAAGGUCUUACAGCAGAAGUAACACCACGCUAUGGUGAGAUGACAGCAUCAGACACAGAAACAUCAAGUCAGCUGUUGUUAUAUGAGGAACGUUUGGAAGACAUGAGACAAGAACUGGUACGGCAAUAUCAGGAACAUCAACAGGCAACGGAAUUACUGAGGCAAGGACACAUGCAGCAAAUGGAACGUCAAAAAGAAAAUCAAGAGCAACUCUUAGCAGAGCUUGAGAGUCUUAAAGUGCAAUUAGCUGAGCAUGUCUCAAUGGAGAAUGACAGCCUGGUUGCAGAGAGAGAGAGAAUGCUUUUAGAAGAACUGGAAUCAUUAAAACAACAUUCUGCUUCCGGAAGAGAGAAGCUGGCUUGUGAGCUUCAAAACAACAGCACACAAACAGAGAAUGAAAAUGAAAACCCAAACGACGUGAGAGAGCAGAUCUUUGAGCAUGAAGAUGGAGGAAGAAAGCCUGAUGAAACAUCUUCAGCUCUUCUUUCUAAAGAAAGGCAUGUUUUUCAGAAGGCUAAUGAAAAACUCAUGAAGAUACUUUUAGAAGUUGUGAAGACAACUGUGGCAAUGGAGGAGACAAUUGGUCGCCAUGUGCUUGGGUUACUGGAUCAGUCUGGGAAAGGCCAGCCUUCCAAACCAGCUGGAUGGGGAACAGAGAUAGAGGAAUCAGUAAAACCCUGUAUCAGUGUGGGGUAUGAAAAAGACAGAAUGGUAAAUGCCCUUAAACUGUAUCAGACCUCAGGAAGGCUGAGCAGCAGGCAGGUGCCAGAGUCCUGUUCCUCAUACCAUGGUAGUAGUAUGGGAGAUGAUGAUAUUAACAUGUGGUCAGGAGCAAUGGAUGAAGGACUGCUGAGCCAACAUCUUGCAGAAAGUGGAGUGGAAAUAGAUCCUGAAAAUGAAGAACUCAUUCUGAAUAUUAGUUCUCGUCUACAAGCAGCUGUUGAAAAGCUUCUGGAAGCUAUCAAUGAAACUUCGAAUCAGCUUGAACAUGCUAAAAUUACUCAGACAGAACUCAUGCGAGAGUCCUUCAAAAAGCAACAAGAGGCCACAGAGUUUAUCAAAUAUCAGGAAGAACUACAAGAACAUCUUAAUGAAGAAACCAAAGCCAGAGAGCAGUUGGCUUUGGAGCUUAGUAAAGCUGAAGGCCUCAUUGAUGGUUAUGCAGAUGAAAAAGCAUUUCUGGAAAAACAACUCCAGGAAAAAAUAGAUGUAAUUGACCAUCUUGAGCAAGAACUACUGUGUACAGGUAACAAAUUACAGGAGUUAGAGGCUGAACAGCAGCAGAUCCAGGAAGAAAAGGAAUUGCUUUCCAGACAGAAGGAUGCCAUGAGAGCAGAUGCAGGACCAGUCGAACAGCGCCUAGUAGAUGCUGCAGUCGAUGCAGCUUCCCAAGCAGAAUUAUUGGAGGAAACAGAAAAGCUGAUGAAAGAAAAAAUUGAAGUACAGCGUCAAGCUGAAAAAGAGUAUGGUGACCUUCAGAAGCAAGUGAAAGUCUUGGAAAUAGACUUGGAAGAACAGGUCAAUCGUUUCAUAGAGCUAGAACAAGAAAAAAAUGCAGAACUAAUGGACUUAAGGCAGCAAAACCAGGCUUUGGAGAAGCAGCUUGAGAAAACAAGAAAAUUUCUAGAUGAGCAAGCAGUUGACCGAGAGCACGAAAGAGACGUAUUCCAACAAGAGAUCCAGAAGCUGGAACAACAGCUUAAGAUUCCGCAAAGGAGUCUGCCUGUCAAUGAACAUCAAACCAGAGAGGUUGAACAGUUAACAAAUCAUCUAAAAGAAAAAACAGACAAAUGCAGUGAGCUUUUGCUCUCUAAGGAGCAACUUCAGAGAGAUAUACAAGAACAAAAUGAAGAAAUUGAGAAACUAGAAUGCAGAAUAAGAGAACUGGAACAAGCCUUAAUCAUCAGUGCAGACAACUUGCAAAAGGUGGAGGAAAGGAAACAGUUUGGCACCAUCAUAGUAAAGGGAGAAUUACCUCUUGAAGUGCAACUGCAAGCUGAACGAGAAGCUGUGGACAGAAAGGAAAAGGAGGUGACAAACCUUGAAGAACAACUGGAACAGUUCAGAGAGGAGCUAGAAAAUAAAAAUGAAGAAGUGCAGCAAUUGCACAUGCAACUAGAAAUUCAGCGAAAGGAGGCCACUACACGCUUGCAAGAACUUGAACAGGAGAACAAAUUAUAUAAGGAUGAAAUGGAAAUCCUGGGACUAGCUAUCCAGAAAUCUGAAAAAUGCACCAUAAAGGACCAUCACUUAGUGGCUGGGAGGCUCGCUCACAUCAUGCGAGAAAAGGAGCAGGAAAUAGAUCAUCUUCAUGAACAAAUAGCAAAACUGCAACAGCAACUUGAAGCCACAACUGAUAACAAAGUUGUUGAAGAGCAGAAUGAACAUAUUCGGGAGCUUGAAGCCCAGGUAGAAUGUCUGAAAAGUGAUCAAGAGUGUGUGAAGAAGAAAAAUUACGAGGAAGUAGAGCAGCUGAAUGAUGUUAUCGACAAGCUUCAGCAGGAACUGGCAAAUAUUGAGCCAACAGUACCUGCAGACAUUGCUGCUUUACAGGAAGAUGCUGACAGUCUAAAACGCACCCUUGAAACAGUUCUGGCAGAAAAGGAAGCUUUGGAGAAGCAAGUAGAAAGCGCAAAUGUAGAGGUGUCUCGAGCAAAGAAUGAGCUUGAGGAAACCAAGUUAAAAAUGAACCAGCUAAAGCAAGAAAUAAGUAUGUUAAAAAAAGAGCAUGAAAGAAUAACAGAGAAAUAUAAGUGUGCACUGAUGAAAGGUGAUAGGGAAAAACCAGAAGAUGGGAGCACUGAAAAGGUGGAAGAAGGCUUACGUGAGAAGGUAGGGUUGCUAGAUCAGUCCCAGCUUGCGUCUUCAGAUGAGAACACAGGAGUCGCUAUUAGCAAGAUGGAGGUACAGCUGCAGCAACUUCAGGCAUGCAUUAAGGAAAAAGAUUCAGAACUGUGUCAGUCCUACAAUGAAAUAAAAGCCCUGAAAGAGCAAGGAAAAGGUGAAAGAGAAACACUUAAAAAGAGAAUAUUAGAACUAGAAAAGAUACUAGUGGAAAAUGUUGCUGCUGCUUUUGUGAGUCAGGUUCAGCUGAAUGCAGUUCAAGAGCAAAGGAAAUACAUGCAGGAAAUGCAGGAAUCUUCAAAAUACGUAGAGAAAGCAAGCAAGAAUGCCCAAACAGAAGGGUUGAGUGAUAGAACUGAAAAUGAGAUGGGAUCAAAAUUCUUAGUCUUAAAACAGAGGCUUAGUGAGAUGGAGGAUCAACUGGCAACUGUAAAUCAGACCUUGGAGCUAGAAAAAGAAAAUGUAGAAGUUGCACAAAAGGAAGCUAAAGUGAAAGAAGAAAGACUCUUAGAACUUCAACAGUUACUAGAAGAGGUUCAAGAAAAGCACAAACGAGAGAUUCAGAAAUACAUUAAGCAAGAAGAAAUGCAGACAUGUCAGGUAGGGGCACAACUCCUGGGAAGUCAAAAAGAAAAUGUGCUUAUUAAUGAACUUGAACUAGAGCAACUUAAAGAAGAGGCAGCUGCUGCUAAGGAAGAACUGAACAGUUACAGAGAAAAGGCAGAAAAACUUCAGCAAGAGCUAGCAGUGAAAGAAGCAAGUCUGAUACACCUUCAGGAAGACCUGUGCAAAGUCAAAGAGAAUCUAGUUCAAGCAGAAGAGAGACUUGCAAGUUAUGUGAGAAAAGACAAGGAAACGGCAAAACCUGAAAACAAAAAGGAUGCAGAAAUAGCAUGUGAUUUGUUAGACAGUGAGCCUACUCCAGUUAGAAAAAGCUCAUCAUCACAGACAGACAAGGCUAUGGAAAUAAACAGCUGUAUCCAAACUUUACCAGUUCUUGUUAAAAAUGCAGAAAUCCAAAAUGAUCUGCAGAGUGGAUGUUCUUCAGAAGAGAUUGCAGAGAUCAUAAGAGAAUUUACUGAUAAAAUUGAUCAAAUGCAAGAACUCCAUGCUGCUGAAAUCAUGGACAUGGAGACAAGACAUAUCUCUGAAUCUGAAGCAUUAAAAAGAGAGAAGUUUGUUGCAGUGCAAGUACUGACUGAAGAAUGUAAUACUUUAAAGGAAGUAAUAGAAAGUCUACAAGCUAAAGAGGGGAUCCCAGUUUCUGGAUUAACACGUUCUCUACCAUAUCAAGGUAGAGAUGGAGGUUCCAGUGACUCCAGUUCAGACUGGAGUCAGGGAAUGUAUCUUGCUCAGACCCAGGGAUCUGACACGAUAUCUGAAGGAAUAGAUGAAGGUGAAACUUCAACAGAUUUACUUCCAAAAAAAAUUAAGGGUUUGCUGCGAGCAGUCCAUCAUGAAGGCAUCCAGGUGCUGUCUCUCACUGAAUUUCCGUAUGGUGAAAGGGAGAUGCCAUCUCUUAAGCAAGAGCCAGAAUCUUGGCUUGAAGAAAGGAAAGCUUUUCUAAGCACCAUUUCAUCUUUGAAAGACCUAAUUGCAAAAAUGCAACUUCAUAGAGAAGCUGAGAUUUAUGCAAGUGCUGAAUCUCCUGAAGGUGUCUCAGACUGGCGAGGAGAACUUCUGCAUGCUAUUCAGCAGCUUUUUGUGAGAGAACAAAAUGUUCUUCUUGCUGCGUUUCAAACUGAACUUGCAGAGCUGGGCACAAGAGAUGCAGUGAUAUUGAUGAAUCAGUUAGAGCACAGACUGCAGGAGCAGGCUACAAACCAGACAGCAGCAAUGGACUCUCUUCAGAGUGCAGACAGAAGAAGCUUGCUGAUGGAGAUUCAAGUCUUACAUGCUCAGAUGAACAGUAAGAAAAAUAAUCCAAAGAGAGAACAAGAAAUGGAUUCAAAAAGCCAAGAAAUGCUGGAGUAUAAUAUGCAGCAGAAGCAGUCACAAAUACUGGAGAUGCAAGUGGAGCUCCGGAGUAUGAAGGACAGAGCAGCUGAGCUUCAGGAACAGCUGAAUUCGGAGAGAAUGAUGGGUGCUGAGCUGAAGAAUGAACUCGCACAAGCCAAACUAGAACUUGAAGCAACCCUUAAAGCACAGCACAAGCACUUCAAGGACCUAGAAACCAUCAGGACUGAAGUUAAAGAAAAGGCAGCUGAGCUAGAUGUUCUCAAGGAUACAAUGGCCAGCGAACAGAAAAAAUCAAGAGAGCUACAGUGGGCUUUGGAAAAGGAAAAAGCUAAAAUGGAACGCAGUAAAGAAAGAGGAAGAGAAGAGCUUGAGGAUUUGAAAUUUUCACUUGAAGAUCAAAAGCAGAAGAACUUAGAGCUAACUAAACUCUUGGAGCAAGAGAAGCAGCUGUCAACUGAUCUGCAGCAGAAAAUUGAAUCCCAAGAAGUGCUCAGUGCUGCCCAGCUGUCACACGAGCGGGGCCGUAAUUCUGAGUUGCAGGUGCUUCUUGAGUCAGAGAAGGUUCGAGCUCUCGAAAUAAGCAGUGCCCUAGAAAGGGAAAAGGAACUGUGUGCUCAGCUUCAAAGUGCUGAAGAUAAGGGGCAAGCUGGAGCACCUAAUCCGUCUGAGGAAUUACUUAAAGAGCUGCAGAAACAAAUGGAUGAAAAGCAUGUCCGUGUAGUGGAGUUAGUAAGUGAGAUGGAGAAAUAUAAACUGGAAUCUGUGCAAGUGAGACAGCAAAUGGAAAAGGAAAGGCAGAUCCAGAGGAAAGCAUUACAGGUGGAACAAGAUGCUAACAUAAUAGCACAGAAGAAACUCCAUGAACUGGAGUCCAAAGUAGAAGACCUUCAGUGGCAGCUUGGAGAAAAGAAGCAAGAAGUUCUUAAAUUAGGGAAUGAAACAAAGAAGUUGCAGGAAAUAAUCCAAGAACUGCAGAAACAAGAGCAGGAGAAUGGAAGGAAGGAAGCUGAAAGGACACCAAGCCACAAUACAAAUGAGACUACCUGGGAUACACCUAAUGAUAGAACAAGAAAAUGGGUUCUCCAGCAGAAAAUGGAAGGAGCCGAGACCAAUGAAUCGACCUAUCCCACAGUGACGGGAGGAGGAGAGCUCUCUGCUGCUAGUGAAGUUCUGCAGAACGUCAGGCAAAAGCUGCAGAAUGCAUUUCCAAAGCUGAAGCAGUUGGCUCGGAAAGCUGCUAGCAGGUUGCAGUUUGAAGCAGCAGAUGAUCAAGACUUCAUCGCAAUACAGAACGCUAUCGAAGAAGUUAUUUCAGAGCUGCAAAAACUGCCUGGGUUGUCCUAUCUGGAAGAGCUGAAGCUAGUGCUGCCCCCAGGGACACCAUCCAGCUCGCUGACUGAGAGGCUACUGAGACAGAAUGCUGAGCUGACAGGCUUUGUCAGCAGGCUGAGCGAGGAAAAGAACAAUCUGAGGAAUGCUGUUAUGAAACUGGAGGAAGAACUGAGAAGAUACCAGCACAGACAACUUUCUGGAGACUAUUCUUCCAGACACUCAUCGGAUGUUGGGGUUAAUAUCGAUACUCUUGUUGCCUCCGAGAAGGAAACCUGGAACAGAGAGAAGCUGUCACUGCAGAAGUCUUUGAAACAAGCUGAUGCGGAGCUCUCCAGGCUGAGAGCAGAGCUCAGGAGUGAAGCUUUCUUCAGAGAACUGGGAUCAGAUUCCGAGAACGCUGUUUUAAGGAGAAUUUAUGGCAAAUACCUGCGAGCAGAGAGCUUCCGGAAAGCUCUCAUCUAUCAGAAAAAGUACCUGCUGCUGUUACUAGGCGGAUUCCAGGAGUGUGAGGAAGCCACACUGGCCCUCAUCGCACGGAUGGGCGGGCAGCCUUCCUACACAGACCUCGAAAUCAUCACACACCAUUCGAAGGGGUUUACAAGAUUUCGCUCUGCAGUCAGAGUGUCCAUUGCAAUUUCAAGAAUGAAGUUCCUGGUUCAUAGAUGGCACAGAGUUACAGGUUCUGGUGUACUGAGUGUCAAUAGGGAUGUCUUUAGCCAGAACACAGGUAAUGAACUGCGGCCUGACUCAUUCUCUGGUGGCAUGGAUCUUUAUGGAGAGCAAAGGCAUUCCUAUAGAUCCAGGUCAGACAUGGAGUCUCCUAAAUCUCCUGUAAACUUUCUACAUAAGUUUCCCAGUAUGCAGGCGGACUUCAACCCAGCCUCUUUUGCCUGUUCUCAGCUGCAGAACUAUGAUCCUGAGAGAGCUUUAACAGAUUACAUCCACCGGCUGGAGGCCCUGCAAAGACGACUGGGCAGCGUGCAGUCAGGUUCGACUUCCUACACUCAGCUGCAUGUGGGUAUGAGAAGAUAAUACCUCAGUUCCACCAGCUCCGGCACUGGCAGUGAUGAUGUUCAUGGAUUGCCUUCCAUAAAUCCAUGCUCUUUCCCUGCUUUUUAUCAUGUGUAUAUUUUGGGACCAAGAUGAAUACAGCUGUACAAUUAUAUUACAGGUCCAUCCUGGCACACCCCACAGACUGGGAUUUAUGUAUAUAGGCACUUUGUGUUCAUGCAAAAAACACCCCAAAACCAAACAAAAAACCACCCCGGAACAACCCAGCCCCCUCUCCCCCCUUAAAUUACAUGUAUAUUUGUGGAAUGCUAAUUUAAGUGAUUAACUUAUGAAGUGCGUAUUUAUCAAAAGGGUGCAAAGACAAAACAUGUAUUAAUGAAAUGGAGCUACAUUCAGCAAAGUUUACUUGCACUUUUUCUGGCAAGGCUACUGAAGUUACCUGAUUCUCGUACUAUUUGCUACCGGCAGCGCAGACAGAAUAUCACUUGUAGAGACCUAUUUUUGUAAUGGUAGAAGUUUUGAAUUUUAUGGGUAUUUUGUCAAAGUACUGAAAUAAAGACAACCUCAUGCUUCUAA